AUGACUAGCACUAUAGAUUUAUGCUGGAAUCAAAAAAAAACAAAAUCAUUUGCUCAUAGUUCAAACCAGCUCACGGAGCUACCGCGUGAAGUAUGUCAGAUGCCACUUCAAGUUCUUCUCGUGCCAGACAACCUGCUGAUGACUCUGCCGAAGGAGAUCGGCAAGAUGACGACGCUGGCGGAACUGGACGCGUCAAAUAACAGGCUGACACAGGUGCCAAUGACGCUGGGAGACUGCACAGGGUUACGCUGUCUGAAUCUAAGCAAUAAUCAAUUGGGUCUUUUGCCUUUACAAAUCACAUACCUCCGCCUGGAACACCUAGAUGUAAGCUGUAAUUGUAUCUCUUCGCUGCCUCUGGAACUACGCAAUAUGUCAACGAUCAUCACAUUGAACCUGGAAAAUAAUCCUCUAGUCUCACCACCUACAACUAUAUGCAUGCGCGGGCGCGUGCACAUAUUCAAAUACUUAGAUAACAUGGCGAAUAAGGAUUCACUCACACAUAGAAGGGUAGAAGAAACACGCCGCGGUACAAAGCAUACGUCAUUCAACUCGCCGGGACAAACGCAGAUGAUAUCAUCGGGUAACGCUACCAUAGAUUGCCUUAGGCAUAAACCCAGACAUGUAGUUGACAGCGGGUAUAGCACAGAUGGCGUUGAUAAGCGAUGGUCCAAUGAUGCGGGUGAAUUAGGCGGUGGAUCUGGUCGGUCGACGCCGAGCACUCCAUCGACUUUGUCACCCGGGGCUGCUCUAUCCAGAGCCCAGUCAUUGUCCAGCGAAUCUCCAUUGGCACCAUUGACACCUAUCCUUACUGGCAUCCGUAUUUCACCCGAAGGGAACGGCGAGGAUAAGAGUAAAUUAGCUCAUCAACAGACAUACAGACAAUACAAAGAAGCCUUAAGACAGCAGCGGCAGCAAGACGUCUACCGACCCCGCACCGACCAACCCUCACCAGAGCUAGACACUUCACCGCAAUCCCAAAACCAAAGUCCUGUCCACUUCCAGAAAUCCAGUUCGCCCGUCAACGGAUUCUGUAACGUAUCAUACAACAGAUCACUCUCUUCUAACUCACCAAAUAACAUACCAACAUCUCCCCUCCUACAUUCCACCCCACGCAGGUUUCAAAACGGAGAGAAAAUCGAAGAAAACAAAAGGCCCGUACAAAAAGUCGUACCAUCCCGAAACGUAGCAAAAACGUUCUCGCCCGUUAACUUGAACGUUGACUACGCACGCGUCAAUGGCGACGCGUAUACAAAGCCGACAUCACCCACAAAAUCUCCAACCAACACGUUAGGUUAUAAAAGGCAGAAUGGUGAGGCGAAAUUGUUGACAGCGACGUAUUUAAAAGGUGGCGCGAAACCGAAGAUAUGGAGUAAGGAUGCGGUGGACAAACUCAGCUUCACUAUGAAGAGGGAGUUCGAUAAGCAGAAGGAAGAGUCGGACUUGCUUCAUCAGUUAAGAGUGAUAAUCGAAAGCCGACUAAAGAUGUCCCUGCCAGAACAGUUAGCCCCAGUACUGGCGGAUGGCGUAGUCCUCUGUCACCUGGCGAACCAGUUGAGGCCGCGGUCUGUCGCCUCUGUACAUGUACCUUCACCUGCACAGCCGAAGCUUACAAUGGCUAGAUGUAGGAGAAACGUGGAUAACUUUUUGGAGGCGUGUCGGAAAAUUGGAGUCGAAGAGGAGGCGAUCUGCUCGCCAGAGGACAUUUUGUGCCACCAUCCGGACCUCGAUUCGGGAAUUUCGAUCGUACCUCUGACGUGCACCGUAACAUCGCUCCUGGAACACGCGCAAUUCUCACCUAACGGUACGGACCGGAAUAUCGAAGUGAAUUACGAACGCCGGGGAAAGUACAACGAGGACAGGUAUAUUGCUAACUUUAAUUACACCGACGCCUUCGAUGAACACGACGAAGAUCUGGACGAGUUAAACAGGAUAAACCUACCAUACUGUAACGGUGUACUGCAGAGCGAAAAUUUUGAGAUCUAUGACACAGAUGAGGUUGACUUUCCUAUUCAAAGGUAUGACAGGGAGAAAAUGAAUUUGGAUCUGCAGAAUUUGAACGCACCCGAAACAGCCAAGGAAUUUGAGAAUCGGAUGUUCUUUACGGCUUUGUGCCUCGGAGGCUUUUUGAUAUCUACUAUUGUUCUUAUUUUAUAUCCUUUGUAA